GUACAGCUCUGCUUUCCUUCAGCUGCCCGUUGUCUAGACUCGGUACCAUCGCUUGCUCUUUUUUAAUCUACAGUGUGUUCCUCAAAUAGAAAACUACACUAGCAAGCACCAUGCGUAUCACUCCCUUCCUCGCUCUCCUGCCAGCGCUUGCUGCUGCGCAAGAACAGGUUCCCCUCGCCGACCGGGUCCAAGGAUGGUUCAACAAGGCCAAGUCUUACAUCCCGACCCCUACCCCUGAGGUUGCUGCUCCGGUCGAGAAGGUGGUGGAGAAGGUGGUGGUUGAGAAGACGGUGACCCCGUUCACCAACGGCAACUGGCAGUCGCUCUUGACGCCAUCCUCUGAGCCGCAGGACUGGCUUGUGUUCAUCACGGGGGGUAACAAGACCUGUUUCGGCCGUUGUGGGAGGGCUGAGAAGGCGUUCAAUAACUCCGUUGCUCUAUUUUCCACCGACCCGACCUCUCCUAAUCUUGGAUACGUGAACUGUGACACUGAGCCGAUUCUCUGCGCCAUCUGGUCUGCCGGUGCCCCCUCCGGUUGGUACUUCAAGGUUCCCCAGGCCCAGAUUGGAGAGGAACGCGCUGCGACCCCUCUCCACGUCGUCUACUUCAACUAUACGACGGUCACUCCCGAGAAGAUCUACGAGGUUCACUCUGAGAAGGCCUGGGCCGACGUUGAGGCCUACGAGGGUGCUUUCCAUCCUACCGAUGGCUGGCUCGCUCAGUACAACCUCAACAUCGUCCUUGGCUACGUUAUCUACGCGUUCAGCCGGAUCCCCAGCUGGGCCAUGAUGCUCGGUAUCAGCAUGUUCAGCCGGAACUUUGUGAGCCGGAGAAUGCCUCCUCGCCCUGCGCCCGCUCGCUAGACACGCAUAGUUAGCGCGUUUCCUUCUUGAAAAUGCGUUUUUUUUU